AUGGAAGAACCCGUAUGGAUCAAUGUAUUUACUACAACACGUGAUCCAGGCAAAUCAACAACAGGAAUUAACGUACCACCAUUACGAGCGCCUGCUAUUGAUAUUCUUCCCAAUGCUCGAUGGCAACAUAACGGAACCACUGUAGGCGGAGGAAAUAGUCAAGGCACUGGGCCCAAUCAACUCUUCGACCCAUCAGGUAUCUAUGUUGACGAUGACCAAACUAUCUAUGUUGCUGAUCGAGCGAAUAACCGUAUUGUGAAAUGGAAAUUGGAUGCGAAGAGCGGUCAAGUAGUUGCUGGUGGGAAUGGACGAGGAAAUGAGACUAGUCAACUUUGGUAUCCCUCAGAUGUGAUUGUCGAUAAAGAGAGAGAUAGUCUCAUCAUUUGUGAUCAUGCCAAUGAAAGGGUAGUUCGAUGGCCUCUUCGAAAUGGGACAAGUGGAGAAACGAUCAUCUCAAAGAUCCCUUGUUGGGGUUUGACAAUGGACGAGAAUGGAUCUCUCUAUGUCACUGACAGGAAUACACAUGCAGUGAAACGAUAUCGAAGAGGAGAAUCUAAAGGAACAGUGAUUGCAGGUGGUAAUGGACGUGGAAAUCAUUUCAAUCAACUCAAUGAUCCACGAUAUGUAUUCAUCGAUCAAGAUCAUUCAGUGUAUGUGUCCGAUUUUCUGAAUCAUCGCGUGAUGAAAUGGGAUGAAGGUGCAAAACAAGGCAUUGUCGUGGCUGGGGGUAAAGGAACUGGAAAUAGUCUUACACAAUUAUUCUUUCCUGAAGGACUCGUGGUCGAUCGAUUGGGCACUGUAUAUGUUGUUGAUCAGUCGAAUAAUCGAAUCAUGCGAUGGAUGAAAGGAGCUCCACAGGGAAAUGUUAUUGUUGGUGAAAACGGUCCAGGAAAACAAUUAGACCAACUUCGUUGGCCAGUCGGUUUGUCAUUCGAUCGAUAUGGUAAUCUGUAUGUCGUCGAUUGGAAAAAUCAUCGAAUACAAAAAUUUAAAAUCGAGGUACCACCAUUACGAGCACCUGCUAUUGAUAUUCAUUCUAAUGCUCGAUGGCAACAUAAUGGAAUCACUGUAGCUGGAGGAAAUAGCCAAGGCAAUGAACGCAAUCAACUCUUCUACCCAUCAGGUAUCUAUGUCGACGAUGACCAAACUAUCUAUGUUGCUGAUCGAGCGAAUAACCGUAU